AUGAGUUUCGGAAGUCGAACAACAUGCAGUCAUAGUAGAUCUGAUAUUCGUUUUGGGCUCGAAGCUUCGUUUCUCGAAGCUGAAACGUUUUCGACACGCCCCUUUCUCUCGGACAUUGGAUCCCGUUACGCAGUCCAUCAAGCGAACGUGCUUAAUUUUUUUAAACACGAAGAACUUGUUUUAAAAACUUGUCGGGAUUAUCGGGACAGAAAAUUCGCUAACAUGAUUCUUACCAUUUCGGAAAAAUCUGAUUACGACUUGACAAAACUGAAAUCUUCUAUAAUACCAAUGUUUUGGUGGGCGGUAAGCGAGCCUUUUCUUAAAUCAUCUGGAGGACAUUCACGAACUUACGGCUCACUUUUGAAAGCGUACACAGAUAUGGAGAAAAGAAUGGAGCGUGUUAAGCAGGGGUCUAUUCACUUCAUAUUAUGGGCUGGGUUUAAAUUUUAUUUGAACUUUAACUAA